UGUUUUCUGUCCAUCAGAAUAAGUACAAGCACACCGCUGAGAUGGACAGGGCGAGCUUCACGAGUGUCAUCGACACCCCGGAGAUCAUCCAUGCUCAGCAGAUGAAGAGCAUCAUCAGCCAGAAAAAGUACAAAGAGGAGGCUUCGAAGAGCAUGUCUCAAUAUGUGCCGGUGUUCGACACUCCAGAGAUGCAGAGAGUCCGUGAGAACCAGAAGAACUUCAGCACUCAUCAGUACCAGAUUGAACAUAGAAACAUAAAGGGCAAAGUGUCUACUAUAAAGGACACUCCUGAAAUGCUCCGUGCUAAAGAGAAUACAAAGAAUUACAGCUUGAUUCAGUACAAAGAGGAUUUGGGAGGAGGAACAUCCUUAUCCGAGACCCCCGAGAUGGAGAGGGUUAAACGCAACCAGCGCAACAUUAGCACGAUUCAGUACAAGGACUCUUUGGGUCAAGGCACGUCCAUUCCUGAUCUGCCCGAGGUGAAGAGGGUCCGAGAAACCCAGAAGAAUAUCAGCUUGAUUCAAUACAAAACAGGAGUGGAACAAGGCACGUCAGUAUCAGAGACCCCCGAGAUGGAGAGGGUUAAACGCAAUCAGCACAACAUUAGCACGAUUCAGUACAAGGACUCUUUGGGUCAAGGCACGUCCAUUCCUGAUCUGCCCGAGGUGAAGCGGGUCCGAGAAACCCAGAAGAAUAUCAGCUUGAUUCAAUACAAAACAGGAGUGGAACAAGGCACGUCAGUAUCAGAGACCCCUGAGAUGGAGAGGGUUAAACGCAAUCAGCACAACAUUAGCACGGUACUCCUCAGAGUGACCCUGCUUUCAUCCGCCCCUCAUACUUCAUCUCUUUUAAACACCGUCAUAACAAACUCCCCUUAGGUCUCAGAAAUGUAAUGUUCAUAUUAAACCCAUCGCGCAGAUAUAACACAUCGUGGGGUCGGCUGGACUCCACUCUAUCAUAACCUGCUUCUU